AUGGAACAUCAAGAAGAUCUCCGCCAUAAUCCAUUUUCUCACAAUAACAUGAACAAUGAAGAAGAAUUUUGGCCCCACAUAAUAAUUCUACAAGAAAGUGGAAUUAAUAAAGAAAAUUAUUUGUCAAGC